GACACGCACACGACGUGCACAGACGACGAAUACGACGACUUCGACCACGACAACGGCCAGAAAUAAGCAAAAUUAUUUGGCUAACAAUCGUCGAAAGGGACACUAAGGAUUACCCAGCCGAUGAUUUGCAUUUAAACGAGCGCAUAUACAUGCAGAAUACGAGCAGUGUUAAUACUAAUUUUUCCUAAUUGUUCAUAAUUACGGGAAAGUUGCGAAGAAAAAAAGGAGAAUUUAUGACGUGGCUAAAGUUGUAACCGCGCUGGAAACUCGAGGAUAAUUUGUUGCAAAGAUUAUUAUGGGGCGGCUAACAAUUUGGUUCCUGCUGGGACUAACGUUACUCGCCGUCUCCGAUCAUGUUGGGUUUGUCAACGCCGAUGUCGGACCAAGCGAAUCUGAAUGUCGACCCUACAUUGAAAGAGCCAUAAAUGAAUUGAAAACAGAUGGUGUCAAAGAUGGCUCUGGGGAACUGCAAUCCGAUCAGCCCCGUAGGGACGACGACGAUGACGACGAUGAUGGUGGGAUAGAUGCGGUUGAUGAGAAAGAAACUGUUGAAAUUGAAACUGUCGAAUUGGAUUCCACAGAGGACGCGAGAAGCGCCAACGAUAUUGAUGGCGAUGGUAUACCAGAUGACGAGGACGAUGAUAUCGAUGGGGAUGGUAUACCGAACGAUAAGGAUGAUGAUAUUGAUGGCGAUGGCAUACCGAACGAGGAUGAUGAUGAUAUGGAUGGCGACGGUGUGCCCAACGAAGAUGAUGACGACAUCGAUGGCGAUGGUGUGCCCAACUCCAAGGACGAGGACAUCGAUGGCGAUGGCGUUCGAAACGCCGAUGACGAGGACAUUGACGGUGAUGGCACAGUAAAUCACGAGGAUGAUGAUCUUGAUGGCGAUGGCACUCCUAAUCACGAGGAUAAUGACUUUGAUGGCGAUGGUGUGCCCAAUGACGAGGAUGAGGAUAUGGAUGGAGAUGGCACGGUCAACCACGAGGACAAAGAUCUCGAUGGAGACGGCGUUCAGAAUGAUGAAGAUGAGGACAUCGAUGGCGAUGGCAAAGUGAAUCAUGAGGACGAAGAUCUCGAUGGAGAUGGCGUGAGGAACGAAAAGGAUGAGGACUUGGAUGGAGAUGGCAAAGCGAAUACCGAGGAUGAAGAUCUGGACGGUGAUGGUGUGCCCAACGACAAGGACGACGAUCUGGAUGGGGACGGCAUCUUGAAUGAACACGACAACGAUGUCGAUGGCGAUGGAGUGCCGAACGAACGCGAUGACGAUGAUAGCCAGGCUGACGACGACGACGAUGAUGAUGAUGACGAUGACAAGGUAAAGGUCAAGAAGCGUAGCAAGCGUGAGGUUGAUGCCGCUCCAGUCAUCGACAUUGAGGCUCCCCCAAGUCCUGCCGAGGAAUUCCCCAUCGAAGAAGAAAUCGUCAAGGAGGAAUCUGUCGAGGUGGAGGCCGAACCAGAGCCAGAGCCAGAACCAGAAGUUGAGGCUGUGAAAGAGCAGGAACCAGAGCCAGAGCCAGUUGCCCAAGAAGCAGAAAAGGAACCGUUGGUAGAGGAGAAGGAGGAAGAAAAGCCCGUCGAGCAGGCUCCAGCUGAAGAGGAGUCUGCAGAAGAGGAAGCCGCAGCUCCACAGGAGCCAGAAGCCGCCAAAGAGGAUGCAGUAGAGUCUGAGGAGACCCAGGAUGAGCCACAGGCGGAUGUUGCCCCUGCUGAAGCUGACGACGACGAGGAUGACACAAAACCUGAAGAUGAGCUUCUCUGGGAAGGUACCAUCCCUGAGAACCGCCGCAGCCGUCAGCACAUCACAGAGCUCCUGCUGCUGGACGAGGAGUUCAACGCUCGCGAGAAGGCCACCGAUAAUGUGGCCGAGAUCAUCCUGAAGGACAUCAAGCGCAUCUAUGAGAACGCCAUCAAGCCCCUGGAGACGCUGUACAAGUACCGCGACCUAAGCAACCGUCACUUCAGCGAUCCGGAGAUCUUCUCCAAGCCGCUAGUGCUGUUCAUGGGUCCCUGGUCCGGGGGCAAGUCCUCGAUCCUUAACUAUUUGACCGACAACGAGUACACCCCCAAUUCGCUGAGAACUGGUGCCGAACCCUCUCCGGCCUACUUCAAUAUCCUGAUGUGGGGCAAUGAGACGGAGGUUCUGGACGGCACUCAGCUGGCCGCCGACUACACGUUCUCCGGCCUGCAGAAGUUCGGCCAGGGCCUGGAGGAGCGUCUGCGCGGUCUGAAGAUGAAGAGCAAGCUGCUCGAGAAGGUCAACAUCGUCGAGAUACCCGGCAUUCUAGAAGUGCGCAAGCAGGUCUCCCGCGUCUUCCCCUUCAACGAUGCCUGCCAGUGGUUCAUCGAUCGCGCCGACAUCAUCUUUCUGGUCUACGACCCGGCCAAGUUGGAUGUGGGCCCCGAGACGGAGGCCAUUCUCGACCAGCUGAAGGGGCGCGAGUACCAGACGCGCAUCAUCCUCAACAAGGCGGACACCGUCCAUCCCGAGGAGCUGCUGCGCGUGCAGGGCGCCCUCAUUUGGAACAUCUCGCCGCUGAUGUCGUCGGCCCAGCCGCCACUCAUGUACACCACCUCGCUGUGGACGCAUCCCUACCAGGACGGCGCCCCGGCCCGCCUGCUGCUCGCGCAGGAGCGCGCCUUCCUGCGUGACCUACGAACGGCCAUCGACAAGCGCAUCGAACACAAGAUUGCCAGUGCUCGUCGAUUUGCUGUGCGAGUGCGUAAUCACGCCAAGAUGGUGGACUGCUAUCUGAACACCUACUUCAACCACAAGACACUGUUCGGCAACAAGAAGCGCAUCUCGGACGACAUCAUCGAUCAUCCGCAGAACUACCACAUCUACGAGGGUCUUUCCACGCUGACCAACAUCUCGCGCUACGAUCUGCCGGAUCCGGAGGUAUACCGUGACUUCUUCCGCCUGAAUCCGCUGUACGAGUUCAAGAAACUGACGGAAACGUGCACCUACUUCCGCGGCUGUCCCAUCACCAAGCUGGACCAGGCCAUUUCGUACGAGCUGCCCGAGCUAGCCGGCAAGUACAAGAAGAUGUCCGAGGCGGCUCUGGCCAACAUCGAGAAACAGCAGCAGCAGCAGCAGGCGUUGGAAGGACAGGGAAAGGGCACGCAGGCUGAUCCCAAAAAGACGAGUUGAGGUGUUGUUUCUCCCUCGGAGGAGAAAACCUGCCAUUUAGUUUGUUUUAAAGAGAGAUAGAGAGAAUGUGACAUCGACAUCGGCACCAGUAACCGUCUAUUGAGAAUUACGAAAGAGGUAGUGAGAGAGGAGAGGAGAAUGGGAGAAAUAUGUAUAUCAUGAGUAGAGAGAGCAAAAGGACAUAUUUAGGACCGCAAAUAUGAGAGAAUAUAUAUCUUUGUUAACGUCCCCCCGUCCCCGAUCGUAGGAGAACAACAGCGUAAGACAGAAAACAGAAAAGAGAACUCACGAGAGAGAGAACUUUUCAAUUUGAAAUAGCAACGGUUGCUACGAGCCCAUGCUUGGCCUUUAGAGAAUUUAUUAAUUACAACCGAUUUGCAAUAGAUCUUUUGAUUAUUUUGAGUACAUAUAAUACACUUAACCGAACUGAGAGCCGUAUGAGAGGGAAGCCAAUUACAUAAAUGAGAGCAAACAGACACACACACACAUAACACUUGUACUUGUUUUGGAGCAGGGAAGAGAGGUAGCAAAUGGGAGUCUUUACAAUAUACCUGUGAGUAGAUCAACAAGUAACUAUUUUAGCUGAGAGCAAGGCGAACGAACCAUCGACGAUAUCUAACCUUCCCACGCACACACCCCUCCCUCAUUGGCUAACAUCCGAAUAUAAUUCCCCAUUUCCCUAGAUUUUUCCCUUAAUUUUUCCAAGUAGUAGUAAAGAACAACAGCGCAGCGCAGAGUUUUGAGUUUUUGAGAUUUCAGAUUUUGAGCACACAGGCAAUAUUGUUAAUGUUUUAAUUUUUGGUUUUUCGUUUUUCGUUUUUUGGUUUUGAGCAUACUCCCCGACGAUGUCGUAGUUGAUAAGACUUUUUUUAAUAAAAGCAAACACAGUGAAGACGAUAAUAACAAUGUAACUUAUUUAUUCAUGAACGACCUAAGCAUAUGUGAGAUAAACAGAAAAUGUUGCAGAGCAGGUGACAGAAGAUUAUACUUAAUUAAAUACAAUACAACAAUUUUUACGAACUGAGAAUCUACGUAAAAUGAACUGUGAGAGCGGGUGAAAUACACAAGUGAAUAAAAACAACAGAAAACCCCAAGCAA